AUCAUCAUCAUGGAGAUCAGAAUCAUCAUAAAAACAUUUCUUCUAUUCAAUUGUUUGGCGAUAACUUUGGCUACCUUUGGCAAAGAACAUGUUCAUAUAAGAAUUCACGUGCCCGAAUUGAUUCAACAUCACGAGAAAAAGGUUAUCAAAUAUGAGGAACAUGGCGGACACGAUGAUGGUGGUGGGGGUGAUCACCAUGUAGAAAUAACAAGCCCAGGAAUCGGUGACCUUGGUGGUGGUGGUGGUGGUGGCCAUGGGGGAGGUUUUGGUGGAGGCCACGGAGGUGGAUUUGGGGGAGGUCACGGUGGGGGUGGAUUUGGAGGAGGCCAUGGGGGUGGAUUUGGGGGAGGUCACGUAAUAGUUCACCACUCGUCAGGAGGAUUUGGGGGUGGUGGUCAUGGCGGAGGCGGUGGAUUUGGAGGUGGUCAUGGGGGAGAUAUUGGUGGUGGUUAUGGAGGAGGAGGAGGAGGAGGAUUUGGAGGUGGUCAUGGGGGAGAUAUAGGUGGUGGUUAUGGGGGUGGACACGGAGGUGGACAUACGGUUAGUUUGAGCGGAGGAUUCGUCACACUCGGAGGUGGUGGUGGUGGUGGCGGUGGCCAUGACCUUGGUGGAGACUUUGGUGGUCACGGUGGUUUCGGAGGUGGCCACGGAGAUAUCAUAGAAAGCAGUCACAGUAGUGGCGGUGGUGGUGGUGGUGGUUAUAGUUAUGGUGGAGGUGGCUACGGUGGUGGUGGUGGUGGUGGUGGUGGUUUUGAUCACGGAGGACACAGUUUUGGAGGUGGUGCUAGUUUCAGUAGUUAUGGCGGUGGUUAUGGUGGUGGUGGUGGUGGAGAUGAUCAUUCCAUUAGUUCAAGUAGUUAUGGUAACAGUAUCUCCUCCGAUUUUGGAAGCAGUGGUGGAGGAGGAGGAGGUGGAGGUGGACACGGUGGUUUCGCGGGUUAUCCUUAA